CAGCGCUAAUCUUUUUUUUUCAUGGCGUAACUGUACGGUCUGUUCCUCCCGUAUACGGACUGUAUACGCUAUACGUGCUGUGCAGCCCAUUGUCAAUCCCUUUAUUGUUCCUCCUCGGUUACGGUUGGCUGAGGGAGGAGCUCGCGGGACCGGCUGGCUGUCACGCGGGGGGUGUUUAUCUGACAGUCUGGCAUUCUCCUCCGUGCUGCUCAGCUGCAAGGAAACAAGGUGGUUAACGUAUUGCAGGAUGAAUCAGUGCCAAGAAACCGGUCAAACGGAGACCCAGGAGGAGGUGACGGAACUGGUGUGUCAGGAGGCUGAUCUCAAAGAUGGACAAAUGAAAGAAGUAACUGUGGGGGAUCAGAAGGUGCUGCUAGUCCGCAGCGAGGGUCAGUACAGCGCUGUUGGAGGCAGGUGCUCUCAUUACGGUGCACCUCUGAUCAAGGGGACGCUGGUUGGUGACAGAGUGAGAUGUCCUUUUCAUGGUGCGUGCUUCAAUGUCAGGAAUGGAGAUAUUGAGGAUUAUCCAGGUCUCGACAGUCUGCCCUGCUACAAGGUCAAAGUUGAAGACGGCAAGGUGUACGUUUCAAUCAACAAAAAAUCUCUGACCGUAACCAAACGGGUAAAAGAGAUGUGCAGUGUGGUGCCGGACGUCAAACAUACUAUUCUGCUCAUAGGAGGAGGCCCCGCCUCUCUGGUCUGCGCUGAGACGCUUCGGCAAAAUUGCUACCAGGGUCGCAUCAUCAUCAUAACUAAAGACUCCGUGCCUCCAUUUGAUAAACCCAAACUGAGCAAGGCUCUGAAUGUGGAGAGCAGCAGCAUCCUUCUCCGGCCAGAUGACUUUUAUCAACGAUACGGGAUGGAGAUGUGGACAAAGAAAGAGGUGGUGUCAGUAAAUCCAGCCAAGAAGGAAGUGAAAAUGAGUGAUGGCACUCUGCAGCGUUACGACCAGCUCCUCAUCGCAACAGGCUGCAGGGCACGGCCGCUCACCUGUCCUGGUUCAGACCUGGAAGGAGUAAAGUUACUGCAGAGUUACGAAGACGCCAAAGACAUUCACAGCUCCAGCCUUGGCCAGAAAGUAGUUGUUACCGGAGCGUCUUUCAUAGGUAUGGAGGUGGCGUCCUACUUUUCAGACAAAGCUGCCAGUGUGGCUAUGGUUGGCACUACUCAAUACCCGUUUGAGCGCACUCUGGGGUCAGAGAUCGGCCAGCUGAGUAUGCAAAUGUUGGAAGAAAAAAAAGUGAAGUUCCACAUGAACGAUCGAGUCACCGAGAUCAGAGGAGAGAAUGGGAAGGUGAAGCAGGUGGUGUUGAAGAGUGGUGUAGUCCUGGAGGCUGAUGUUGUGAUUGCUGGCAUUGGUGUAAUCCCCAAUUCAGACUUAUUGGCAGGAAGCGAGGUGGAAGUGGAUUCAAGGAAAGCUGUGAUUGUUGACAAGUUCAUGAGGACGAACGUACCAGAUAUUUUUGCCGCUGGAGAUGUUACCUCUUUCCCUCUGACCAUUCGAGGCGACCAGAGGGUCAGCAUUGGUCACUGGCAAAUGUCACACGCUCACGGAAGAGUAGCAGCUCUGAACAUGCUGAAGAAAUCCACAAAAAUCGAGUCUGUUCCUUUCUUCUGGACUGUUUUGCUUGGGAAGAGUAUCCGAUACGCCGGCUAUGGGGAAGGAUACACAGAAAUUAUAUUCAAAGGCAAAAUGGAAGAAAGGAAAUUUCUGGCUUUCUACAUAAAGGAUGAUGUGGUGGUGGCAGCGGCCAGCCUGAUGUUCGAUCCUGCCGUGGCUUGCAUCGCAGAGCUGAUGGCUAGAGGCCAAAUCUUAACAAAAGCACAGGCUCAAGCUGAAGACCUGAGCUGGCUGCAGAUAUAACCAGGAUUUACGCCUCUCAGCGAUGAGUGAUGUCAUCUCUUGCUUUGGUUUUCUCUCCUUCUGUCUGACAUGACAUCAGUUAAUCCACUUUCUGCCUCAGGCUGCCUGGAAACCAGCCGGCCUCUCUUAUCUGCUCUUAUUAAAGAGCCAUGUUACUAUAGUAGCAGUCACAGCUUUAUUGAAUUCUCUCUUUGUGCACACUGAUCUCUUUAAUGAGUUUAUUUUUAUGUUUUUCUGGUUGCUUUACUAAAGGUGUGAUGUCUUAGGAAGGUACAGUCUGUAGUUAAGGUUAGCAGGCAACAUUAAAUUGUGACAAGAAAAAUCCCCCACACAUCUACUCCACCAGCAGCCUGAAUCCCUGGGACAAGACAUGAGGGAUCUGCGCUUUCAUGUUGUUUACGCCAAAUUCUGACCCAUCUAAACCUCGCAACAGAAAUCAUCAGACCAGGUAACAUUUUACAUUCUCUUGUCCAUUUUUGAUGAGCCGUGUAAACUGAAGCUUCAGUUUCCUUUUCUCAGCUGACAGGAGUGCCACCCAGUGUGGUCAGGGCUCUAGACUAACUUUUUGCCAUGGGCACAAAAGUUAGGCGCAC